AUAUUGCGAAAAUCUGGAAUUUAAAGGAGGGUGGUCGGCCCUAAACUCCAACGGCUAUGAAAGGAAAGGUUUAGGGAUUCAUCAACACAAUUUCAAAUUUGAAAGAAGGCUCUGACGAAAACACCACCACAAGGAAGCAGGAAGAAGAAGAAGGAAUGGAGAAGGUAGGAGAUUACGUAUUGGAUCCAGAGACAGAGUUCUUAGCGUCGAAGCAAGAGACUGGUCACGAGUGGGAACUCUUCAAGGAAAAUGUCAGACCUUUGAAGAGAGGACGCAACGUUAAUCUUCUCAAUGAUGCUCUUAAGUCUAGUACCGAUUAUCAACUCAAGAAAUCUCUUCUUGACAAACGAAGGGCGUUGAUUGGAGCAAUUGACCAGUACAAAGGUGAAGAUCCUCUUCUGCCAUGGCUCCAGUGCAUCAAGUGGGUGCAAGAGGCUUUCCCUCCUGGUGGGGACAGUUCUGGACUUAUAGUUAUUUAUGAGCAAUGUGUCCGCACCUUUUGGCACGAUGAACGAUAUAAGGAUGACCUCCGUUACUUGAAAGUGUGGCUGGACUAUGCUGAAAAUUGUAUGGAUGCUGAAGUCAUUUAUAGCUUUCUGGAGGCUAACAAAAUUGGACUGAUGCAUUCUUCAUUCUACAUAGCCUAUGCUUUGCACAUGGAAUCUCAUAAUAAAAUUAAAACAGCAAACGAGAUCUUCAAUCGGGGGCUAUCUAUGAAUGCAGAACCCGAAGAGAAAUUAAAAGCAUCCUACAAGAAGUUUCUCAGUCGUUCAAUGGGUUGCCCCAAAGCAGCAGAGGAGGAGCUAACUGAACACCAGCUUCCAAUGAGAAGCUUUGGCACACUGUUGGCUAGGGGGGAAGCUCGAAACCAAACAACAGGAACUUCUGAAUUGUCCCAGAAGAAAAUGAAACUAGAUAGAGCUCAGGGGAGCCUAUUUUCCAUUUACAAAGAUGCAAAUGCCGGAAUGUCAUCAACUCUUCAAUCAGAAAUACCAAAGCUAGAGAACACAUCAUGGCACUGUCUUGGUGCCCGAGCAGAUAGGAACAAGGAGAAUCAGGCAAUCCCUUCAAAGUGGACAUCUAAUAAGAUUCCUCAAAGACACGGGCUUAGAAAUCGAGGAGCUACUUCCACCACUCCGUGCCUAGAGAUCUUUGUGGAUGAGGAAUGUGCCAAAGCACAGGAGAAGGACUCUGCUGCUGGUGUAAAGGCUUCUAGUCUGCAGCUUAGACGAGGAGAUGACAAAGACAUAAAAAAGGAGACUGAGUUGCUGAGGGAGAAUCCCCUGCGUUAUUUUCCACCAAGCUCAUUACCAAGAUGAUCUCACAGAAGAAAGUCAUCAUUGUGUGCUGGGAUUUCUCAUCUCAAAGUUACUCAACUUGUAUCUUAAAAGUGUAUGGAGACAAUUCCUCUUUGCCAAGUGCAAGAACGUUACAGAUGUUCUAAAUAUAGUUGAGUGGAUAAAAGGAGACAUUGUAUAUUUGGUUAUGGCAGGCUUGAGCCAAAUCCUCCAGUAUUUUGUUAUUUAGAUGGAAUGAUUUUAUAUGAUUGCAACAGUUAUGGAUGUAGUUUACAAUUGUGCUUUAUCAUAAUUAGCUCUUGGUUAAA